AUGGCCUCAGCCAAAUAUAGACACAAACAGAAACAUGAAUCGAAUUGUGCACCUACACAGAUUCCUCCACAGAAAUCGAAUGCCGGACACGGUGCAUUAAUAGAUAGGGGCUUCGGACUUAUGCCGCUGGUGCAUCUGCUGCACUUAACGAAGACCGAUUGCGUUCAUGCUAGCGCUGCUCUCAUAGAGUGUGCCGCUAUCAAUGUACCGAAUAACGGGCCGGAAGACCCCCUUGAACUUCAGUAUCGCCCCCAUCGGCCCCUGUUUCUUUUCACUUUGUUCUGGCUCGACCAUUCUCUGUGA